UGUGCAAAAUGACUUUGACCUUUUCGUGAUUUACCGGAAGUCUAGAAAUUACGCGAGAUGUGACGACGUCGCUCAUACAUUCUUGACGAUGCAUUGCACAACGAGAUUCACGCUUGUUCGACAGCAUGAUACUCGAGAAAAAGUUUCGUGCAAUCGGUAGUAAACAUCGAUGUAAAGCAGAGAAAUAGUGAUGAGCGUACAGUAUACAAGUGCCUCUUGGUGUAUUUUUGGCGAAUGUAUCUGGCCGAAUCACGAACCCUUGACGCGUUUUCCAUCUUUCGACGCAGUUGCCGUUAGUUAUCCGUCGUGGCAAUGUUCGUGCAAUCAUUAAAUUCUGUGUAGCACCUGUUCACCAAUAAACAUGGAAAAUCGUCGAACACAAGGAAUUUCAAAUUAUGAUCACGGGAUUAAUGAGAUAAGCCCGCGAUGGCGAAUGAGAACACGAAUCGCGGUGAUGAUACUCAUCUGUGUAGUCGUUGGUUCGAUGAUCAUCUACUGUUUCGUCAGUUCGAUCGUGGAAAAUCGACCGAAUGGUAGAUACAGGUCUCAUAAAAAGGCUCAUUUGGAGAGAUUGUCCGAUCAAGUUUUACCGUUGGAAUACACUUUGAAAAUACUGCCUAUAUUAGAAGAGGGAAAUUUUACAAUGUUUGGCGACGUGCAGAUCCACUUUCAUUCCAAGAUGCCGAUUAAGCACAUACGCUUUCACGCCUACAAACUCCUUAUACAAGACAUUAGCGUAAGAGAAUAUCGUUCUUCGAACGCAACGGAAUACAUUAAUAAGUACGACGUAAUGGACGAGGAGGACUUUAUCGAUGUAUACUUUCUGCAAUUAUUGAUAACGAAAGUGACUUACGUUUUGCACGUAAAAUAUACGGUCCCGCUGCAUCAGGAGCCGGUAGGAUUCUUCAGGAGUGCGCACAUCGAUCAAGAUACCAACGAAACCAAAUGGAUAGCGGUGUCGAACCUGUCUCCAGAUUACGCUCGAACGGCAUAUCCGUGUUUCGACGAACCUUGGCUCAAGGCGCCAUUUCGCAUCUCGAUUGGCAGGAAAUCUAACAUGCGAUCGCAUUCAAACUCGAUGCGCAAAUUCACCGAGGAAAUACAUGAUAUGCCGGGAUACGUCUGGGAUCAUUAUGAGAAGACCUUACCUAUGCCUACUUACGUCGUCGCUUUCAUGGUCACCGAUUUUUUGAGCUACGACAUUGAUGUCGUCGAUCGACCGUCGCACACGAUCUUUUUCAGGAAAGAAGUCGCGAAUAAUAUAAAAUACAUCGGCGAUCUGUUACCGAAAGUGCUCCGUUUAAUUCAGAACUUUACCACAUUUCAUUACGAAAUGGACAAGCUGGAUGUGAUCGUAGUUCCUCAGCUAGCUUACUCUGCAAUGGAAAACUGGGGCCUUAUAACAUUUCAAGAAGCUUUUAUCGUCACAGAGGAAACUGGCAUCACUGAUUCCAACAAAAUAGUGGCUGAUAUCGCAGCGCACGAAGUCGCCCAUCAAUGGUUCGGCAAUCUGGUGACGCCGAAAUGGUGGGAUGACGUAUGGUUGAAAGAAGGAUUCUCCUCAUUUUUCGGAUAUUUAGCAUUAAGCGUGCUCGAGCCUGUAUCCUGGGAUCUGCAGACCACCUUUCUGAUGGUGUGUCGCGAGGUGCUUGACAGUGACGCCGACGAAACGGCACACCCGUUGCAUAUCGAUUUGAGAAAACUGAACGGGCUCUCUAGCGUCUUCGACUGGACGCCGUACGUCAAAGGCAAUUGCAUGGCGCACAUGAUCUAUCAUUUUCUAGGCGAGCGGAUCUUCCUCUCGUCCGUGCGCCGCUACAUACGUACGUACCACUAUCGCAGCGCCGAUCAGGAGGAUCUCUGGAGCAUUUUCCAGAUGCAGAUCGAUAGAGCGCACGGGUUACCGGCUUUCUCGGAGCUCCGCAUGAAGGACAUUAUGCGAACUUGGACGUAUCAAGCCGGCUUCCCAAUCUUGAACGUCCGACAGAACCGAGAAACCGGUGCGAUCGAGCUUACACAGGACCGAUUUUAUCAUUACGGCCUAAAUAGUACGAGCGAAGAAUUAUGGCACAUCCCGUUGACGUGGACAACCGAAAAUGAACAGCAAUUUGGUAAUACCUUGCCGAAGGCAUGGAUGGUCAAGAAACGCAUGAAAAUUAACGACACUGUUUUGAGCUGGGCGAGUUUCAACAACCAGUGGAUUCUGUUCAAUAUCAAUCAAACUGCUUUGUAUCAUGUCAACUAUGAUGUAGAGAACUGGAAAUUAUUGACGAAGUCCUUCCAUACUCUGUCGGAAGUAGUAAAAGCGCAGGUGUUGACUGACUCGUCUGCGAUAGCUAAUGCCGGAUUGCUCGAUAAAAGAAUCAUGUGGAAUAUUCUUGAGAAACUAGAAGUAGAGAAUAGUGAAAUGUUGUGGACAGUCGCGAUGCCUUUACUGAGCACCAUCCAGGAUCGUUUAUGGAACUCAAGCAUAUUUAAUUUUGUGAUGUGCAAAUUCAUAAAUAAGUUGUACAGCGAAACGGCUCCGUUUUUGGAUCGUAAAAAUCCCGCAUUAUGGACAUCGUUCGAGAUCAAUGUAAUGAAAUCGGCAUGUUCGACGGGCCAUCGAGAAUGUUUAACAGUGGUUCGCAACUUUGCCCAAAAACUAUUACAAAACGAAUCGUCAAACUUUGUUUCGCAGGAAUUCCGUCGCUGGGCGUACUGCAUACUCAUGAAAGACGUCACGGAGGAACAGUGGCUAACACACCUAAAAAGAUACAACAAAUCAGAAGUAUAUAAAAACAAAAGUCUUGCUUUCGCAUUGGGAUGUCACACUAACGCGACUUUGCUGCGAAAAGAUCUGUUUAUAAUAUUUUCACAAAAUAUAAUACCUGAACAUGCAGAAGAGAUUUUAAAAUCCGUCGCGUCAAAUCCACACGCAUUUGACGUUGCCAUAGAAUUUUUAACUCUACAUUGGGACAAGUUUCAUAAUGGAAGAAAAGAAGAUAGUUUUUACGCGAAUGUUACCCUGACGGAUACAUUGCGUGCCUUCACGAGACGCAUUCAUCAAGCAAAGGAUGUAGAAUGGCUACGACGAUUGAAAGGCAAGAGCGAGAAGUACGAUGCUGCGAUCAAGCAGGUUAUUAAUAGAAUCCAGACCAAUGUCGCGUGGUACAACAAGGGAAAAAACGAGACGUUGAAGAUACUGGAAGAAAUUUCUAUGGGACAUACCGAGACGAGAAAUUGUAAGAAAUGAGAAUUGAUGCCUUAAGGAUCGUGUAAAGUGAUGCGAUUACAAAAAAGCCAAAAGUUCAUUAAAUAAAAAGAAACUUUCGAUGUGCUACUACUUUUCCCAAGAAAUUAAAUCAAUAUGUAAAAAAACUCGCUUAAAUAAGUAAAUUGCUUAAAUAUAAGCAAGUACUUAUAAAAUACACGCUUUAUAAAAGUGUA